AUAUAUCUUUCGAUAGGUCAUUUCUUCUUCUUCUGCUAUUCAAUUGUUAUUAUUCAAUAUUUAUACACCGAAAUGGCCAAAAUUCUCUUGUUCCUUCUCUCGACUUUCUUCGUUUUUUCCAUUGUCUCCGGGCAACAAACAAACUAUGAAAAUUGUCUCACGAAGCUCAACAAAAUGAAGAAUAUUUUGAAUAAUUUGAAGCUGGAAACUACGAAACACGGCAAAAAUGUGAAAAUUGGUAAUUUGGAAACAUUUUAUCAUAUGUGCAUUGACACAACGAACUGCGUAGAAUCAAUGGAAAUCCCAGAGCUACUAAAAAGUAUUUUGAGAUUCGGAACAAUGUUCAUGAGAUCCGCCUGUGAAGACUUGGGCUUAAAAGUCGGACCAUUCAGUAAAUGCAUGGAAAAGACAAAAUUCGACGUAACUACUCUGAAAAACACGACGAUUGGAGAGGAUAAACCAAAGUGCUGGUUGACACCUGACGAGUUUUCAGAGCUUCAACGGGUUGUUCAAGAGCAAUGCGGAGAUGAAGCAUGGGAGGAUAUGUUGAAGAAUGAGGAUAAGGUCAAAGUGAUGACUUGUGAAAAUCAGCCAUAAUGUAUCCAAACGACAUUCCGAUUCGCGGGGGUUGAUCCCCUUUUUAUCAAAUGAAAAGCACCUAUAUUGUGUUCAUUGUUUUUUUUAACCUUAUUUUAACUUUAACCGGGAAACGAAGCCCAACUCAGGAUAUGGGCGGACUCUCUGUAUUUUUCGAUGUAUCGAUUUCCUUUGUUUGGAUUUCCGGGAUCUUGGUUGAAAUUAUAAAUGACCAGGACAUUAAGAAAACAUUGGCCAUAACGAUUUAUUUUAUUUUUAAAAUUCUAACAAACUAUCAUAAAACUGUCUCUGUUAUUUAUUAUAGUUAUUUAUUAUUUAUUUAUUAUUUAUUUAUUUAUUAUAUUUAUAUAUUUAUUCCACAAAUUCAAUAUGCGAAAAACGAACGAAACCCUGUGUGCCACUAGGUAGGCGUCUGCGCACAUUCUGCGCCGAUUAAUUUCUUUUCUAUUUAUCGGAAAGUGCGCAGACGGCGUCAAAAAGUGGGGCUGGAGACCAGCCACAGCCCCAAAAGGAGCUCAGCCCCACUGUAGGGGCUAGCUAAUAGUGCAUCUUUAUGUUUUAAAUAAAAAGUGCAUUCAAA